AUGUCUCCCGAAAGCGUCUCUUCCCUCUUCCCCCAGAGGCCGAUUCGCCCCCUCCCGAAGCGCCGACUCCGAGAACGCCUGUCUCCCGAGGUCGCGGAUUCAAUCGAGUACCCUCCGGCGAACCACAACUCUAGCCCCCUGUUUUACUAUCCUAAUAUCGUGCGAGAUGAGACUCCGUCGAGGUCGGGAGGUUUACACGGAACGAGGCGGGGUGGUGGUGGCUACGAGAACAGCCCUAGAGGCAAUGCGGGAAACGGAGAGAGCGACGAGGAGGAGUUGGCUCUGAGCAGCAGCAAAGUUGUCCGUCGUUCGCACCCAGAAAUUCUGAACCGCGCCACAGGUCUGCCUUCGAAAUCAGACCAGUCCAAGCACCCGAACCCCCAACCACCACCGUCAACAACGUCGUCUGCGGACGGGUACGAGUCGUUCGAGAACACCAACAACAAGAAGAAGCGGAAGAUACCAACAGCGGGGGACUCUGCGCUCUCUGGCGCGCACUCGCUAGCAGAUAUGAGCUCAAUGGGCGUUUCAGCAGCAACCUCUCCUUCGAUUGAACAUGGUGACCUGGCGGGGUCAGCAUCGCCAUCGUAUUAUGGAGGUGGAAGCUUCGUAGCAAACAACCAAGGCAUAUCUGGGCCGGGAAGGGGCAGAUUUGGUCGUUCAAGGAACGGCAGAAGCCCUCUCAGAGCUCUGUCUGAUGCCAACAACAACUGGGUGGGGAGAGGCGCCAAAAUCCGGCCGCCCCAAUGGGCAACUCCCAACGAAAACCCUGGUAUAAUAUCCAGCGCUAUUGCAAACGCGGAGAAGCUCCCAUCCGCGCCCGGUCAAGAAAACGUCAGUCUUCUACAGCAGCAUUCUUCCAGUGUCAAAUCCAGCCCGACCGCUUCGCAAUUCACCUUCACCUGCGACUCACCAGUUCCGAAGCCUCAGUGGCCAGGAACCGACCCAACAGGUGCACACGGCUUAAUUCCCGGGUACGCCAACAAGCCCAAGCACUCGAUGGCGACGCAGACAUCUACGGAGCCUGCGGGCACAAACGCCGGUGCAAGCGCGGCAGCGCCAGGCAAGGGCGGUGCCCAGCCUGGCACGAAGAAGAAGAGCCGUCGCCGCGCCGAGAAGGAGCUCAAGAUGGCCGCCAAGCAUCGGCGUCAGGAAGCCCAGUACAGAUACAGAACCGACCCACCCAAGCCGGAGGACAUGUGGAUUUGCGAGUUCUGCGAAUAUGAGCGCAUCUUUGGAGAGCCGCCCUACGCCCUGAUUCGGCAGUACGAAAUCAAGGACCAGAAGGCUCGCCACAAGGAGAAGGAGCAAAAGCGUCUGCUCGAGUUGGCCAAGACGAAGGGCCGCAAGGGCAAGAAGCCCGCCAAAUCUCCCGGGAAGGCGACGUCGACCCAGAACCAACAACAAGCUAGCCAGCCCGAAGUGCCAAUGGCUCCCAUGGCAAGCAAUUCAACUCACGAUGACUACCCUAACGACGAAUACCCCCAUGACGAUUAUUCCAACGAAGUCGAAGAAGAGGAAGAGUUGGACGACGCGUACUCUCACUCUCAAGAUGAUCCACCGAUGGUCUUGAGCGACGAUCCAGACUCGCCAGAAUGUAUCAAUCCGAACUGCGAAACCUGUCGUGGACCAAUAAAAGAGGUCGACGAUCCCGGCGACUCAGGACAACCCUUGUGUGGACUUCUGGAUACCUAG